AUGACAACGACUACUACGGCUGUUGUGGAAAAUAUUCAGGUACUAUAAUCUGUUGAAAUUUUUUGAUGAGCAGAUUUUGAUAUUGGAAAAAACUUUAGAUCGAAACAUAAUAUUACUUCUAACUGGAAGUGUUUUUUCCAUUUGAGUCGGAUAUAUUAUUUUGAUAGAUAUCAAUAGUGUACGAUUUUCCGUGAGUGGUCUCUGAAGGAAUGGCAAACAAAACUGACUUUACUCAUAAUAAAAAUUCGAUUUCACCUUUUGCGCGUCGUUUUGCUGUGGCCAUGAAAAAGUUAUGUUUCUAAACAGGAACCAGCGAGUGGUGAGCAGCUCGUGCUCCGCCUCCGAGCUCCGCCGAGUCCACCCCACGUUACUUGGGCUGCUGACGUUAUUGGUUUAUCAUCUAGGCCUUCGAAGCCGUAGUUAAAGUUGGUACUCGUUACAGACAACGAGCACUUAGGUCGCUUGAAGUCGAACUGCUGCUGUAUUUACGUAAAACCUAGGCAGUGGGACGACCCGAGCACCUGGGAGCAGGACGAGUUCGAGGUUAGUUUCGACAUGAACAUCUUCAGAAAUCUUUGAGCCAAGAACGCAACCCGCUCCGCGAAGUUAGAAUGACUAAAAAGGGGGGGAAUGAGUCAAAAUCAAGCUGGAUGAAAUUGAGAAAAAAUGGACCGCUUCAGCUCGGAUUGUUUUAGGCGCAUUCGAAGUGAUUUUCCGUCUCGUGUAAGCAACUUGUAUGCAGACGCAGUUUCCCUUUGCGCCAUUCUUGAGAACUAUAGAGUGGCCUCUAUAGGGUGAUAUUAGAGGCACUUGAAAUUUUCCUCUAGGGAUCACUAUAUGGGGGCCACUAAAGUUUAUGAAUUCUUUAGAACCCCUCUAGGGGGCAUGCUGGUCGAUUAUUGUUAUGAAAUCCAUGAAAGUAAGCGUUCCUUGUGAAUAUCUUAAUAAAGUAGCGUUUUCGCAUGAAAAAAGGGAUGAAUGCAUCAAGUUUUUCAUUUUAAUUUUCAUAUCUUAACAAAAAAUCAUAAGAAUAUGGACCACCUAUGUUAUAUCCCAAUAGGAUUCACUUUUUGACCCCUAUAGAAGCUACUUUUCUCUAGCCCUAACAUAGGUAAAACGUAAAAAAGUUCUUUUGGCUCCUAAAAUGAUGUAAAAAUGCUUUUGAGCACCUUUUUCAUAGUCUCAGAGGAUCCUUUUUGAAUCAUCUCGAAUCUUCUCAGUUGCUUUCCAGCAUCCUUUUUGUUAGAUGAUGUGAAAAAGAUGCAAAAAAGAAGUGAAACGAUAUAAAAAAGAUCUGCUGGGGACCCUUUCAAGGUCUUUUUUUGAGAAAAGCUUUUGGGGAGCUUUCCAGUUUUGCCCGAUAAGGAAUCACUCUGACUUUUUAAAGUUUGAGUCGUUUUUUGCUGUUAUUCUAUCAGUGUUCAAUAGUUGUGUAGUAAACAUUCAUCGAAAGUUCGAAUAAUGUUUGCCCCAAAAUUUUGAAUGUUGUGAAUGUCUUUGAGUAAUUUAAAAGUCUCUUUGAGUCGAACCCAUUUUUCUUCUGUUUUUUUUCUCCUACUUGUUCUUGCCAUCAGACUGAGCACUGUCGCGGACACACCCUUCCUGAAAGGAAAAAGAAAAAUGAAGACGACACUGGAGAUAACAAGUUUGUGAUAACUCUGUACUUAUUAUUCUUCAUUUUUAAAGUUACAGACAGGAAGAAAGUCACCACGGCGCCGGCUGCUGCUGA